CGGCCAUAAUGGCGGAGGAACCAAAGUGCUAAGGGUCUUGUUUCCCGGCCGGUUGUUUCUGAGGGCGUACCGCCCGAGGAGUGGGGCUGCAGCGGCGCGUGCUGCUGGCGGUGAUUGACAGGCCCCUGGAAGGGCGCGCGGUCGCCAUGGAAGAGGAGGCAGCGAGAGACUACAAUGAACCUUGUGCGCAAUGUCUUGCUGUCAGCUGGGGUGUUACAGAAGAAGGCAGAUAUUAUUGCAGAUCUUGCCACACUGUCAUAGAAAGGACUCAAGAAGUUAUAACUGGUGAUGUUGUUACAAAUGCCAGGGCACAGUCUAUUUGUAGAGGGUUAAAAAAGAGGAAGAAGUUUGAUAAGGGCUGGGAAUGGUACAUCUGUGAAGGCUUUCAACAUAUACUCCAGAAGCAAGGUGAAGCUCUGCAGUCCUUAGGAGUUUCUUCACAUUUAAAGGAUGAAGUUCUGUAUAAUCUAUGGCGAAGAUACCUUCAGAAGAGCAAACUGGCUUACUGUGACAAGCCUGAUAUUUUAUCAGGCACAGAUACUGAAGUAGAGAGCGAGCUUGAAAUCACUGAACGUCUUGGCUUGGCUUCUUCUGCAAGUGAUACAGAUAUAGAUGGUUUAUCUAGCAUUACAGCUAUUUCUUCUGCAAGCAGGACAUCAGAUGCAUCGGCCUGGUCUGGAUCAGUGGAUGGUACCUCAUAUUUACGAAAAAGCAAAAAAGGGGAGAUGAGAAUGUCUAUGCCAAUGACCCUGGCUUUUUGCUCUUUGGCACUGCUGUGGCUGAGAGAAUCAAUAACAUUAUCAGAUCUCUUGAGGCUAGUAAUGGAUGGUCACAUUCCUUAUCUAAAUGCUUAUGAAGAUUUCCCAGAAGAGAUGAAGGUAUAUGGGGCUGACUUCAGGAUCUUUCUUGUACAGUCCUGGCCUACAUAUGAAGAUGUUCAUAAAAAAAUGCAUGCCCUUGCAAAGUACAUAGAACUACCUUGUUUUCCAGACAUAUCAGAGGACUGCUUCCUACAUCCAAACAUUCUCUGUAUGAAAUACUUGAUGGAAGUUAACUUACCUGAUGAUAUGCUCAACUGGACGUGUAAAGUGGUUAAAAAAACUGGCAUCGGUGAAAUAGACUUCCUGAAGCUUCAUCCUGGAAAUAAAUCAUCUCAAAGAGUGAAAUAUGACAUCCUUGCUGUGGCCACUAUUAUAGUGGUGCUCAAAAUUCUGUUUUUGCUGAAUGACAAGUAUGAGUGGCUGCUAUCAAACUACGCUGAAGAGUGGAACAAAGACAACAAAGAAGGCUGUCCAGUUUUUGAUAUUGGAAAAUGGUACACAGUUGUCAAGAAUUCUCUGGAUGCAGAGCAGAAAAAACAUAAUGAAGCAAGGAUCAGGCGUUUAUGGAGUGGUGAGAAACCAGUAUUAUAUUCAGCAACAAAAAAGUAUAUCAUUCAGAAAAGACGACAAACGUUAGUCAAUCUUCAGAAGCAAUUUCGUACACUGUCUGGCUCCAGGGAGCCUCCUGAGAAGCAAAAGCCUUCAGCUUUCCAGUUCAGCUGGACUCAAGAAAGCAGCAAAGAGGAUUGUUUUUAUGAACACAGUCUUGCUGGAAUUUUGAUGCAAAAAGAUGACAUAUUUACAACCCUGAAUAGACACUAUUGGUUGGGCACUACUAAGCUGUGCACAAUGGAUUGUCAUCAUUUGGCACACUACAAAGAAUCAAAUUUUCCCUAUACCUACCAGUUUGUGUUAAAUCUGUUCUCCUUCCUCCUGAGGGUGCAGCCUUCUCUCAUCCAUGAGGAAGUAUGUGUAUUAGAGCAUAAACUCUUUCAUAAAAUUCGUAAGAAAUCCACAGUUUUCAAAAGCUUCCGAAAGUGAAACCGUCUUGAGAGAAUAAAGACCUAUAAUAACUGAAAUAAUCUAUGCAACUGAUUUUACUGCAUUAAUCCUGUGAAGGUAUCUUUACCAGAAAUCCUGAAAUUAGCAGUUUAAGAUGAAACCAUUCCCUGUACAAUUAGUUUACAUGUGUGCCAGGUUCAGGUGUCUUAUUCUAACCCAACAAACCGAUAUUGUUGGAGCAAAGAGAAAUAGUAAAUCAAAACACUCUCUCUACCACCCCCAACUUUCCCUCUCUUCUGCUUCUGGCUUCCUAGAGUACUACUUGAUUUGUUAAAUGACAAUUUUCUGUACCAUUUUCACUGUCAUACUAGUGUUUGAAUGAUCCCUCAGAAUGGGAAACCAGAUUUGUUGGACUGAUAAUAUGAAGACCGAAGUAGGUUUGGUAGUCCAUACACAAAGAGAAAGUGAAGAAGUGAAAACGUCUUAUCUAAUUGGAUUACCAAAGUCUGUUUUCUCCUAUUCAGUUCCAGUUCGGUUGUAAAAUUUUCUUUUAUUUGUAUAUGUUUUCUACUUUUUUCAUUAAAAAUAUAGUUCUAUUUACCUCUGUGAAAAUAUGUCCUAAUAUAUUGAAUUGUCACCCUUUUGUAAUACAAUA